AUGGCGCCGUCGCCGCCGCCCGUGCUGCCCGCGAUGGUGUUCCUGGCCGCCGCCGCCGUCCUACCGGCGCUGGGGUCGCGAGCGGCCGCCGGGGAGCCGCGCGCGCCCGGCGGGGUCCGCGCCGUCGCCCUCGGGCCCGGCUGGGUCUCUUUGCUGGACGCCGAUCGCGCGGCCCGGGCGCCGCGGGGACCGCUGGACGUGAGCCGGGCCGGACCGCAGGCGGGCCGGCGCCGCGGGCCGCGCGCGGGGUCCCCGGACUGUGCGCGCGCCGGGGCGCAGCCGCCGCCGCUGCCGGCCCGCCCGGGCACUGCGGGCGCCCCGACGGCUCGGAAUCGGUUGCUGCGGGCGCGCGCCCCGGGCUCCGGCCGCGGGGCCCGGCUGCGCCGGCGAUCGGCUGCGGGCGCGGAGCUGCGCGCGCGGGCCGCGCUCCCGGCGCCGGGGCUCCGCGGGGCGCUCUGCUUCCCAGUGCCUGGCGGCCGCGCGGCCCCACUGCUGGUCGCCCCGGCUGCCCUCCCUUCCUGCCGCUGCCCGCCUCGCUCCGGGUCCCGUUGCCCGCGCCGUCCCGUCUGCCCGCCGCGCCUGCCGUGCGCCCCGCGGCCCGCGGCCCGCGCCGUCCGGGCGGAGCUGGGCGGGGAGGCGGCACCAUCGCCAUCGCCGCGGCCCCCGGUGCCCAGCCGGCUGCGGGGCGGGGCGCGGGCUGCGCGGCGGGCCCGGCGGGGCGCGGGCGGCAGCUCCAGCCCGCAGUUCCCGCUGCCCAGCUACCAGGUGUCGGUGCCUGAGAACGAGCCCGCGGGCACGGCGGUCAUCGAGCUGCGCGCCCACGACCCCGACGAGGGCGAGGCCGGGCGCCUGAGCUACCAGAUGGAGGCGCUGUUCGACGAGCGCUCCAACGGCUACUUCCUCAUCGACUCGGCCACGGGCGCGGUCAGCACGGCCCGCGCGCUGGACCGCGAGACCAAGGACACGCACGUGCUGCGGGUCAGCGCCGUGGACCACGGCUCGCCGCGCCGCUCGGCCGCCACCUACCUCACCGUGACGGUCAGCGACACCAACGACCACAGCCCGGUCUUCGAGCAGUCCGAAUACCGCGAGCGCGUGCGCGAGAACUUGGAGCUGGGCUACGAGGUGCUGACCAUCCGCGCCACCGACGGCGACGCGCCCUCCAACGCCGACAUGCGCUACCGCCUGCUGGGGGGCGGCGGCGGCGUGUUCGAGAUCGACGCGCGCUCCGGGGUGGUGCGCACCCGCGCGCUGCUGGACCGGGAGGAGGCGGCCGAGUACCACCUGCUGGUGGAGGCCAACGACCAGGGCCGCAACCCGGGCCCACUCAGCGCCACGGCCACAGUGCACAUCGUGGUGGAGGACGAGAACGACAACUACCCCCAGUUCAGCGAGAAGCGCUACGUGGUGCGCGUGCCCGAGGACGUGGCGGUCAACACCCCCGUGCUCCGCGUGCAGGCCACGGACCGCGACCAGGGCCAGAACGCGGCCAUCCACUACAGCAUCGUCAGCGGCAACCUGAAGGGCCAGUUCUACCUCCACUCCCUGAGCGGGAGCCUGGACGUCAUCAACCCGCUGGACUUCGAGGCCAUCCGCGAGUACACGCUGCGCAUCAAGGCGCAGGACGGGGGCCGGCCCCCGCUCAUUAACUCCUCGGGUCUGGUGUCCGUGCAGGUGCUGGAUGUGAACGAUAAUGCCCCCAUCUUCGUGAGCAGCCCCUUCCAGGCGGCCGUGGUGGAGAACGUGCCCGUGGGCCACUCCGUGCUGCACAUCCAGGCCGUGGACGCGGAUGCCGGGGAGAACGCACGCCUGCGCUAUCGCCUGGUGGACACGGCGUCCGCUGCCCUGGGCCGCGGCGGCAGCGCCGGUCCCGAGGACCCCGUCUCCGCCCGAGACUUUCCCUUCCAGAUCCACAACAGCUCGGGUUGGAUUACCGUGUGUGCCGACCUGGACCGGGAGGAGGUGGAACGCUACAGCUUUGGCGUGGAGGCGGUGGACCACGGCUCGCCACCCAUGAGCUCGUCGGCCAGCGUGUCCAUCACCGUGCUGGACGUAAACGACAACGAUCCCAUGUUCACACAGCCCGUGUACGAGCUCCGUCUGAACGAGGACGCGGCGGUGGGGAGCAGCGUGCUCACCCUGCAGGCCCGGGACCGCGACGCCAACAGCGUGAUCACCUACCAGCUGACCGGGGGCAACACCCGCAACCGCUUCGCGCUCAGCAGCCAGAGCGGUGGCGGCCUCAUCACCCUGGCGCUGCCGCUGGACUACAAGCAGGAGCGGCAGUACGUGCUGGCCGUGACGGCAUCCGACGGCACGCGCUCGCACACUGCGCAGGUCUUCAUCAACGUCACAGACGCCAACACCCAUCGGCCCGUGUUCCAGAGCUCCCACUACACAGUGAGCGUCAAGGAGGACCGGCCCGUGGGCACCUCCAUCGCCACCAUCAGUGCCAGCGACGAGGACACGGGGGAGAACGCGCGCAUUACCUACGUGUUAGAGGACCCCGUGCCGCAGUUCCGGAUCGACCCCGACACCGGCACCAUCUACACCAUGACGGAGCUGGACUACGAGGACCAGGCCGCCUACACCCUGGCCAUCACUGCCAGGGACAACGGCAUCCCGCAGAAGUCAGACACCACCUCCCUGGAGAUCCUGAUCCUCGACGCCAACGACAACGCACCCAGGUUCCUGCGGGAUUUCUACCAGGGCUCUGUGUUUGAGGACGCGCCCCCGUCCACCAGUGUCCUACAAGUCUCUGCCACUGACCGGGACUCGGGCCCCAAUGGCCGCCUCGUGUACACCUUCCAGGGCGGGGAUGACGGCCAUGGAGACUUCUACAUCGAGCCCACGUCCGGCGUGGUCCGCACCCAGCGCCGGCUGGACCGAGAGAACGUGGCUGUGUACAACCUGCGAGCUCUGGCGGUGGACCGGGGCAGCCCGGCUCCCCUCAGCGCCUCUGUGGAGAUCCAGGUGACUGUGCUGGACAUCAACGACAACCCGCCUGUGUUCGAGAAGGAUGAGCUGGCGCUGUUUGUGGAGGAGAACAGCCCCGUGGGGUCAGUGGUGGCCAGGAUUCAGGCCCACGACCCGGACGAAGGCCCCAACGCGCAAAUCAUGUACCAGAUCGUAGAGGGCAACGUGCCGGAGGUCUUCCAGCUGGACCUGCUGAGCGGGGACCUCCGGGCCCUGGUGGAGCUGGACUUCGAGGUCCAGAGGGACUACGUGUUGGUGGUCCAGGCUACAUCGGCCCCCCUGGUCAGCCGGGCCACGGUGCACAUCCGCCUCUUGGACCAGAACGACAACCCACCCGAGCUGCCCGACUUCCAGAUUCUGUUCAACAACUAUGUCACCAACAAGUCCAACAGCUUCCCCAGUGGGGUGAUCGGACGCAUCCCGGCCUACGACCCCGACCUGUCGGACAGCCUCAACUACACCUUCCUGCAAGGCAACGAACUGCACCUGCUGCUGCUGGACCCCGCCACGGGCGACCUGCAGCUCAGCCGGGACCUGGACAACAACCGGCCGCUGGAGGCGCUCAUGGAGGUGUCUGUGUCGGAUAAUAACAAGGACCGGCUCAGGGUGGCUGUCUCCGGGCUGCUUUUUGAAAAGCGCAGUGCUGUUUGA